AUGGCUACCUCUUCAAAAGUCCACCUCUCGCCGUCGCAGCAGCCCGUAUUCUAUGUGCCUGGGAUAAGCUCUGAGACUGCGGACGUGACGAGCGAGCUACUGCAGGAGAACCACGAGAAGCAUCACAUUUUCUUCAACUACGCUGGGUUCCAUAACCAUAUCGUCCACCACCUCCUCACCCUCUUCGCCCUCAAUGCCACGCCCGCCGAGCUCAGGCAAGGCUGGGAUGACAAUGUGUCCUAUCAACGACCGCCAGUGCCGCUCAAGCAGUCCAUCGUCACGGACAUGCACAACCCAAAGAAGUACAAGACGUACUUAGGCAGUGAGAAAUACUACCAUGACUUCCUAGUCUUCUUUAAAGAAGAGAUUGACCAGAAGGGCUGGCAAGAGGUGCUAAACGAGUAUGUAUUCAAAGGGGAUGAGCGGGCUGACGAUAUGCUCGUGCGCAUGUUUGGUGGCAUCCUUCACCCGAUCAUCCACCUUGGUUUCGGCGUCGAGUUCCAGCAGCCUGCAAUUAUUGCAGAGGCUUUAGCACAAGCUGCCGUUCACGAUAACUGGGAGGCGUCACACUUAAUUGAGAGUGAGAAAGCGGCCAAGGCCUACAGUCCAGAUGGCCGAUCCGACACAACCAUCAUCCAGCUCUUGGGAGAAAUUUACGCAGAUACAAAGCGGGCUUCCGGCGGCAGAACCAAGUACGCAAGUCAAGUACAUGUCACUGAGGAGAAUCUUGAAGAGAAAACGGCAGAGAUGAUUAAUGCAGCUGUAUACUUCACUGGUGCCGCACAACAUCCGCCCAAUCAGGUCAAAUUCGACUUCUGGAACAUACACGCCCUAAAUCUCAGCAUUUUCUUCUGCUCAUUCUUACAGCAGCCAUGGCUCUCAACUCGCAACAAAAUCCGCCUCCUUGAAUGGAAGAUCCGCAUCGACUUGGCCAUGUAUGCUUCUCCACGCCCCCCUAAGCUCCUUCUCAACGAGAUCACCAAUUACAAGUCAAAGAAAGAUUCGUCGUGGGAGGAUAUCUUUCAGCGCGUAAAGACCUACCACGACGACGGACAUGCCUGCAAGCUUGUGCGCGCCCUUGCAAAUGGCGAACAAGUUUGCAAAAAAUACGAGGGCAAGGACGGAUUCGUCAUCAAGGGCGAUAUGUGGAGGAAGCUGGGCAAUAUGGCUAUUGACAGUGUGGAAGCAGGCUCACCGGACUAUGUUCGAAGCGGGGCCUGGUCGAGUGUACCGUUGCGUGAUCGAUCAAGUCUCUGA